CUCUAUACAGUUGGGAUGUUCACGGAGCUCUUAAAGGAAAGUAUAUUGAAUAAGACAUUAUAUUGUUAUUCUAAUUUUACAAAGGCACAAACUGACAACCGGGCACCGUUGAGUUUGAACUCUCUUACUCUGGUUUCAAAUCGCAUCUUGUUUCCACCGCAUCCUGUGUCCCUUCUGAACGGCUGGGUGGGCCGAGGGUUCAGAUGCUUAGUUUGUGUGUUUCCUUCUCCAGAUGUCACCAGAAGUUUGAUUAUCACCAGUCCUGACCACAUGAUUGAAAAGGCCAAAGGGGAAACUGCCUAUUUGCCCUGCAAAUUUACUGAAGGUCCGGAAGACCAGGGACCGCUGGACAUCGAGUGGCUGCUGUCCCCAGCCGAUAAUCAGAAGGUGGAUCAAGUGAUUAUUUUAUAUUCUGGAGACAAAAUUUACGAUGACUACUAUCCAGAUCUAAAAGGACGAGUACAUUUUACCAGUAGUGACCUCAAAUCCGGGGAUGCGUCAAUAAAUGUAACAAAUUUACAGCUGUCAGAUAUUGGCACGUAUCAGUGCAAAGUGAAAAAAGCCCCUGGCGUUGGAAAUAAGAAGAUUCAGCUGAAAGUUCUUGUUAAGCCUUCGGGUACAAGAUGUUAUGUGGAUGGAUCGGAAGAAAUUGGAAAUGACUUUAAACUAAAAUGUGAACCCAAGGAAGGUUCACUUCCAUUACAAUAUGAAUGGCAGAAAUUGUCCAACUCACAGAAGCUGCCCACAGCACUGGUGUCAGAAAUGACUUCCUCUGUUAUCACUGUAAAAAAUGCCACCACUGAGUACUCGGGGACGUACAAGUGCACCGUCAGCAACAGAGUGGGCUCUGACCAGUGCCAGCUGCGCCUGGAUGUUGUUCCUCCGUCAAACAGAGCUGGAACAAUUGCAGGAGCUAUUAUAGGAACUCUGCUUGCUCUCAUGCUCAUCUGCGUGAUCAUCUUUUGCUGCCAUAAAAAGCGCCGAGAAGAAAAAUAUGAAAAGGAAGUUCAUCAUGAUAUCAGGGAAGACGUGCCUCCCCCCAAGAGCCGGACGUCCACAGCCAGAAGCUACAUCGGCAGCAAUCACUCAUCCCUGGGAUCCAUGUCUCCUUCCAACAUGGAGGGCUAUUCCAAGACUCAGUAUAACCAAGUACCAAGUGAAGAUUUUGAACGCGCUCCUCAGAGUCCGACUCUCCCGCCCGCUAAGGUAGCUGCCCCUAAUCUCAGUAGGAUGGGAGCGGUGCCGGUGAUGAUUCCAGCCCAGAGCAAGGACGGGUCUAUAGUAUAGGGCCUCCGAACCUCUCACUCCGUGCUCCACACCUCUCUUCUUCUUUUGAAAUAGGAAAACCUAUUUUGUUCUAAAUUUUGCUACCAGCCUCAAUAGAUCAAAAAAUGAACCAAAAACUGUAAGAAACGUACUUCAAAAAGUUGUGUUUGUUUUUAUUGGAAUAGUAUAGGCAUUAAAGUUACUAAAGACAAAUUUGCCAUCUGAAAAAGAUUUCUUAAAGAUUUUGUCAGUUUCUAACUACCAAUGCUUAGUAAUAUGUAGCACUUUGGAUAUGAAAUCAUAGGAGAAGAUAUUGGUGAACUUACAUGUACACCAAGCUGAUACUUGAAUCAUCUUAAAAAGUAGUACUUUUUCAUUCCUGCCAUUAUUUUUAGGAUGCCUUUCUCAAUUAAUUUAUGACCCAAAAUUGGCAAAGAAGCAUUCAUGGCAAAAAAUUCUUAUAGUCCUUUAUGUUUGUUCUUUGAAAACUCUAAAUGUGUUUGGAAUAGCUCUAGUAACAUAAAAACACUCUACAGGGUUCUAGAAAUUACUAGUUCUACUUUCAGGUCAUGCAUAAGCCUUGUCUAUGGAAUGAUUGCUUAAGUAUUUGAUUGAUGGACUGUUGGCAAUAGGCAACAGAGGCAUAGUAAGCUCUUUUAUAUGCUAAAGUAAAGGAGCACCUAUGGAUUUAUUUAGCAGGUUUGCUGUCACUACAUAGAGCGAUGACACUAGGUAUGGUAGUGAGGGUGGAUUUCAGCGAUGAGCAAUCUGGGGUGAUCUCCAGAACAGAGACCCGCCAGAGCAAGGAUGGGGAAUCCUGCAGUUCCCAACCACAUACUGGCUCUCUGCAUUAGGUGAUAUUUUUCUACUAAGAAAAAAAUUAUAACAUUUAUUAUUGGACAGAUACAGAUUGAAAUUCCCUAAUUGUUGGUUCCAAAUUUUAAGAAGUUCAGCGUUUUGUUGUUGUCGUUUUUGGAUGGUGUUGCAUGUUAUACGUUCCAGAAACAUGUAAUCCUAAGUCUACCUUCCUGAAUGCAGUUUCUGGAGGAUGUUCCUUCAUAGGCUCGGAAUGACGGAGCGCAUUUAAGCUAGUCGGUGUCCUUCGCAAUUCUGCCUUCCAGACUUGGGAGGACGCACAGUUGCUAUUCUACUGCCAACCUGUCUGUGCAGUCGCAGAAAAUCCAGUUGAGUUUUGAAAAGUUUGAGUCCUAGUUUUGUGAAAGUGAUUUAUUCUUAAAAAAAAGAAAGAAAGGAAAGGGAGUAAAAGGAAUACUCCCAACUGCCAAAUGUGUUAAAUACUGUUUUAGUAGAAAGUAAAUUUAUUGUAUUUCCCUUAAGAUUGCAAGGGAGUGUGGAUAUAGUAGAAUGAGCCAGCAGUUUCUUUAUAGUAAGUAAGGUCUGCAAUAAAUUAUUUCACUAGCUCUAAAACCUGUUCCCUCCAUUUCGUAGGGAGUUGGUUUCUGUUCAUCUCUUUGGGUGCUGUGGUGGUUCAUGCGGCAUUAGAAAUUAAUGUUGGCAUGACUUUCUGAUUAGUAAGAGUAUUGUGUACACUUUUUAAUGGUAAAUUUAAGCGGAAUGUCUGUGUAAUGAAUUAGUGUAUGGUUUCACAUAUUCGGAAGCCUUUUUUAAAUAGGGUUUUAACCUCACACAAUAUUGCUUUUAUACUUGUGUUAACAGUUUCGUUUGUGCCUUUUGGGUCAUUUAAUUUCUAUUAUGAAUUUCUGGUGCCUAUGAGCUAGCUAUCACCUGAAAGGUGCUUAGAGGUGAAGGUACUGUUCCUAAAAAUGCAUCACUGUGACACCUUCCUAUCCUCAGACUUCAAUCUUGCCUCCUCUUUUCUGUUCUUUUUUGUAUGCAAAUUAACAGACUGUGUUAUCCAUAAAGACUAAAAUUUCAACAUCCCCAACACUCUUUGGCUGUGUUUCUGAUUUUAUAAUAGUAACUAUUUUUGAACUCCAGAUGUCUGGUCUGUUUUAUAUGAAUACAAAUGUAUAUACAAUAGUACUAAGAAAUACCAGCACAAACUCUAAGAAACAACUUUUGGUCUUUAUUAGUUUUCAUGCACUGAAGAUUAUGCUAUCAAUCUAAGUAGAAAUUACUACAAAAAAUGGACACAUGUAAGGCUUUCCUUGCCUAGACUUCGUAGUUGGUCUAGGACCAUGGUCGGCAAACCGCGGCUCUCGAGCCACGUGUGGCUCUUCCACAAAAUACCACGUGUGCGCGCGCACGUACAGUGCGAUUGAAACUUCGUGGCCCAUGCGCAGAAGUUGGUAUUUUGUGGAAGAGCCGGUAUUUUUUGGAAGAGCCACACUUAAGGGGCUAAAGAGCCACAUGUGGCUCGCAAGCCACGGUUUGCCAAGCUGCAGUUUGCCGACCACUGGUCUAGGAUUUAGCUACAAAUAAGUCAGAAUCUCUUCCAGAAGCACCUGUACCCUCAGAAACAACCUCACAAAAAAUCAGUUGUGUAUCCUGUACAGACCUAUCGGGCGUGAUGACAUUUAGAGGACAGAAUUCAGGUUUAGGCUACGUCUUCAGCUACUCUCAUGGUAAAUUUCAGUUAAUCCAGAAGUCAGGUAGUUCUGCUUGACCCAUUAAGGGAUUCUCACUGAUAAUUUCAUUUAAACCAGAGAUCAGAUAUCUGUUCUGGAAUUAUUGGUAAUCAUCAAGCAAUUCAACAAAACUUGCUAUUCGAGCAUUGCCAUUGGAGCUCACCAGCAUCAGCCAAGGAUAGCACUGUGUCUUCGAGGCAAAAGCAAUUGAUUCCACUUUACACCUAAGAGACUCAAUACCCUUUUGUUGAGUUACACAGGAUAACUUGAGAAGCAGUGGUACCUUAGAGGACGUAGUUCUGUGCUUUAAUGUGUAGUUUACGGUGUUCUUUUAUUCUAACAUUCCCCUGUUAGAAGGCCAAAAAAAAUAAAAAAAUAAAAAUCUGCCCUGGAGUUGUUACAAUGGAAAUACAGCCAGAGUGUGUCGUAGGGGGAGGUUAAUUCAAGAAACACAAUUAGAUUAUUGGUAUGAAUUAAUAUUAUGAAAACGAUAAUUUUCAAGAUUGAGUUUCAUAAAUUAGGAGCAAGUAAAGGGGCAAAUAAACAUUUUGAUUAAAUAUAAAAAGAACUCGUUGCAUGAAGUUAGACAUCAAAUUCUAUAAUGGAUGGCUUUUUAAAAUAACCAUUCUCUGUCUUUCUGUGUGCGUGCAGCAUGUAAAUCUAAAGUUAUGUGAAUGUUUCAAGUUUUUCCUAAUCUCUUUUCACCUCCACAGUGUUUAGGGCUUUCAGACCCCUUAUUCCAGUGUGAACAGAAAAGGUCCAUAUUAUGUGCUUAAUGCUUUGACGUGUCGUGUAAGGAGUAGUUUGUAGAAAACGUUGACACCAUUUUAACUUCUUAGUGGCUUGUGACAUUAUAUAUUAUAUAUAUAUAUAUGUACAUACAUCUUUGUAAUAUUCUGUGUUUAGUAGUAUAAAUGUUCUGGGCAAGUUUUAAUAUUUCAAAUGCCUUUGGAUAGUCUUGCAAUAAAGGCAACAUAUUCUGCAGUUGGAUUUUUUACUUGUUUGCCUAUUUUGACACUAAAAUAUGGUCCAUAACUGAGCACAGAUUCUACUUAUUCAUGUUAUGGAAACAGGGAAGAAUAAUAAAUUUGUGAAUUGCAGUUCUGCUUAUCCUAUGGAUAGUAACACCAGCAAAUAUGUUAUCUUAUGAGUAACACCAGCAAAUAUGUUAUCUUAUGGAUAGUAACACCAGCAAUAUUUGCUGUAUCUGGCUUCUUACUGUUAAUCAAGUUUUACAAAGUACCCUGUUUUGUAAUUUGAGGGGAAAGUACCUGUUGGGAUUGGUGUUGGUCACGAACACUAAACCCUCCAAUCAAGGAAGAACUUUGCAUUUUUCUACUAACGUAUUUAAUGACACAAGUGUCAAGAGAACCACAAUUCACUGAUUCACUUAUUCUCAUCCCUUACUGUGAACAUUUGUAAUAAAUAAACUUGUACUACUGAGAAAAAAUAUUUUGACACUUCACAUAUGCAAGUAGAGAAUUGAUAGUGUCAGUUUCAAAGGUGAUUUUUGUAUUUAAAGUUUCUGGCUUAAAUAUCCAAUGGUGCAGAUUUUGAACUUUGUAAGAACAAAUUUGGUUAAAAAAGCAAGAACUUGCUCUAGCUUUGUGACCUUGUGUACUUUUCAAAUAAAAUUAAGAAAGUA